CCGAAAUCAACGAAAUAUGUGGGGAGUUAUUAUUUUGUUUUUGUUAUGAUGUAACCGUAGCAACUCAAGACUUUAAAGUAUUGACUUUAGUAAGUUGUUAUGUCAAUGUCGCCUGAGUAUUUAGUGUUUACUUAAAAAGAGAUUUAGCAAUGACUUUGUUUUUUGAUACAAAAGUUGAAUUUCUUGACGUCGAUGCCGUAGGCACUAUUGGCAGUUGGCAUGCAGUUGAACCAGCAUUUGCUGUGGCUUCUUACAGUCAAGACCGUGGUGGUUCCGUUACGGUUUUCACAGAUAAUGGAGAACCUCAACGUGAUGUUACUUAUCCAGUUCAUGCUACCUCGCAAUGUACUGCUAUGUCUUGGCAUCCCGAGAAAGUGCUUUUGAUAACAGGUUGGGAAAAUGGCGACAUACAUGUUUGGUUUGGGGGACAUCGCGAAUUCGCGGGUAUCAGCGGUCCUCAUAAAGCUGCUAUUAAUUUAGUGGAUUUUAGUGAGCAAGGAGGACGUAUGGUUACAGUCGAUAUCAUGGGCCUUUUAACCGGUUGGCGUUGCGAUGGUCAAUAUCAAUUUUUGACAAUGUUUUCGCACGAUUUGCGUGAUGUUCUCACCCAUAUAAUUUUUCGUCGUGUCAUAUGCAGUGAGGCUCACGAAGAGAUGUUGAAUUUGGCUAAAGCAGCCGUAGCUGGUGAUGAGAGCGCGUUAGACACCCUAACAAACUGGCGACCGAGAACUGCCUCACGCAGCGUUACUCAUGCCGCCGAUGUCAAAGAUAAUUAUUGCUUUUACGUAUGCACACAAGGCGGACGUUUGUUUUAUGUGAAUCAAGGAGGUACAUCCACAGAGGUGCUCGAUGGUAAUUCAAUUCCCAUUACACAAAUGCUUUGGCAUCCUAAGAAGGAUGCUGUCGUAUGUUUGAUGGAUGACAUGACUGUUAUCUUCUACUUGGUGGAAACUACGGGAAUUUUAACGGAAUUAGAACGAGUGAAGCUAAGUAGCAAAGUUUCGAAAAGCAAAGGUGGAGGUAUCGCUUGGGUUGGUUGCUCUUUAGCGAUAAUAACAGGCGAUUUGACGGUGCGCAUUUGGGAUAUUGAUAAAGGUGAUAACUACUCGUUAAAAAUGAAUCUAUCAAAUCUUUAUACGACACCAAUGAGAGAACGCGACUCUUCAUCAUCAAAUUUCAUUAGUCAAGGCAGUGUUGAUAGUUCUUCGAUAAGCCAGCAAAUGUACCUGAGUUACAAAAAUCAAAAAACUAUCCAUAAUACAAGUGAACAUUUCACUUGCAUCUCUUAUAUAGAAAGCAAUCAAAUGCUGUGUGCUGGUACAGAUUUAGGAAAUUUGUACAGUUGGAAACGUUCGAUAGUUAGCCACGCUGCCUCGCUGCCCGAAGAUAUGUGGCAACUUACAAAUAUAUCUUAUGUGCGCGGCUCGAUUAAAAAAUGUUUAUGGGGUUUUAACGAAUUGGCGAAGCCUUGCCUUCUUCUUCUUUGUGCAAGCAAUGUUUAUGUCUUAAAAGAACAGCCCUUAUUAGCUUUUCAUACGCGUCACCUCUGGGCAGUGCAGCAAAGUGCCCGAAAUAUCUACCUGGAACAUAAAGAUCGACGAAGUUGCACUGUUCAAGCGGAAUUUUGUGUAACUGCGUUGGCGUUAAAUCAAAGCUAUUUGGCAAUAACCAGCGGACGUAGCAUAUCCACAUACAACAUAGAAAAAGUCGAAAGUUUAAAAGAAAGAGGUGCAAGUGAUUUGGAUUCAUCUUCUGGUAGCAGCGGUAAAAAUGCGCAAAGUCUAAAUGUCAAGUUCAUGCAAAGCUUUUCUGCCGAAUGUCUGACGUUAGGGUUGCACAAUCAAAAUAUCUACUCCUUGACUACAGCCGAUGUCACUGUUUUUUCAAUUGGAGGCGUGGCAUUGCAUAAGAUUCAAGCCAGCAAUAAUGAGGGUAAAAUUAUUGGCAUGGAUUUAUCAGGUUGUCGUUUAACUGUCUUUACCAUGAACGGUUAUAUUAAGGUAUAUGACGUGUCCCGUCACGAUCCCAAGCUUAUGUUUCCCUCGAAAUGUUCCUAUGAUUUAUUUGAUGAUUUCAGCGAAAUUAUUCAAGCAAAGUGUAAUACUUUAGGCACACAUCUGGCUUUAAUCAUAGCUAAUAGAAAUUUUAUGCCAAAGCCCACGCUCUAUUGUUGGGAUUUCGAACGUAAUUAUCUCAUGGAAAUGUCCCUUGAAAAAAAUGAGAACAAGAACAAGUCAAGUGUACCCGUUGGUUUUUGGUGGGAUAUAGAUGAGCCCCGUUUAUUGGCGUUAGAGGUAAAAUCAAAACAAAUACGCGAAUCAGAAAAUGCGAAAGAAACUUUUAAUGUUAAAAAAUCCGAGUCGUCUAAUCAGCAAGUCGAUACGAAUAUAUGGAUCGUUUUCUAUACGGAAAGGAACACCUUAAGUGUCAUCGAAUUCGUUUCUUUUACGACAAAUGAGCAAUUGCUUAAUCUUUGUAUACCAAAUGUGAUUACGUUGAAUAUAAAUUUAAUAUUCGAAAAGCCUUUGAGGGAUUUUGUGGACCUUAAGGAGUGUGACGUAAAUACAAAAAAAAUGGUAUUAAAUUUUAGUAUGCAUGUAGCUGAGGGCAAUAUGGAUUUAGCUUAUAGAAGCAUUCGUUCGAUAGAAUCGAAAGCCGUUUGGACCAAUUUGGCAAAAAUGUGUGUCCAACGCAAACGUAUGGAUGUUGCCAAAGUAUGCAUGGGUCAUUUGGGAAAUGCCAGAUCAGUACGCGCUAUACGGCAGGCUCUAGCAGACGACGAUUUAGAAAUAGAAGCUAAAACUGCAUUAUUAGCUGUUGAAUUGGGCUUAAAUGAUCAAGCUGAAGAAUUUUACACGAAAACAGGACGCUUCGAUUUACUUAACAAGCAUUUUAGAGCGAAAGGGAAUGUGGAAGAGGCCAUUAAAAUAUCGGAAACAAAAGACCGAAUACAUUUGAAAAACGCAUAUUAUCACAAGGCUCAAGAGUGUCGAGAGAACGGUGAUAUUGCCAAUGCGUUACAGUAUUUUGAAAAAACACAAAAUCCCGUCCAACAUAUUACACAGAUGCUUUUAGAAUCUCCAACAGCCAUGAAACGUUACAUGCAAAAUACAAGCGAUCCGAAAAUGUUGAAAUGGUGGGGUCAAUAUAUUGAAAGUUCCGGUGAUAUGGACGCAGCCUUAGCCGUCUAUCAAAAGGCUGAAGACUGGUAUUCACAGGUUAAAAUUCUUUGCUAUUUGGGUAAAAUAUCUAAAGCUGAUGCGGUAGCCCGCCAAUCCGGUAAUCGGGCCGCAUGUUAUCAUCUAGCUCGUCAUUAUGAGAAUGUGGGGAAAUUUCAAGACGCGAUUAUGUUUUAUACACGGGCUCAAACUUUCGCCAACGCCAUACGAAUAUGCAAAGAAAAUGAUUAUCAAGAUGAACUGUGGACAGUGGCAAAUUCAUCGCGCGCUCGCGAAAAAGCUAUAGCUGCCACAUAUUUUGAAGAAUGUGGCUCAUAUAAACGUGCUGUUGAACUUUAUCAUCGCGCUGGUAUGCUGCACAAAGCCUUAGAUUUGGCCUUCAAAUCUGAACAGCCUGACAUUUUAGAAAUAAUUGCCACCGAACUUACUUCGGAAUCCGAUCCGGAGUUAAUUAGUCGUUGUGCCGAUUUCUUUACGUCCGUUGAACAGCACCAAAAGGCCGUACAUUUAUUAGCCAAGACUAAACAAUUUAAUCGCUCAAUACAAAUUUGCAUUGAUAAAGGUGUACCGAUCACGGAAGAAUUAGCUGAAAUGUUAACGCCGCAAAAAGGUGAAAUCGAUGAAAAAACACGUAUAUACAUACUAGUACAAUUGGGCGAGUUAUCACAGCAACAGGGCGAUUAUCAUACAGCCACUAAAAAGUUCACUCAAGCCGGGGAUAAGGUACGAGCCAUGAAAAGUCUAUUAAAAUCAGGCAAUACUGAAAAAAUUAUUUACUUCGCGAAUAUAUCGCGACAGCAUGAAGUAUAUAUUAUGGCGGCAAACUACUUGCAAGCUCUUAAUUGGCAGGAGGAUAAUAAUAUCUUAAAAUAUAUCGUAACCUUUUAUUCAAAAGGUCAAGCGUAUGACUCGUUAGCUAAUUUUUAUGCCAUAUGUGCACAAAUUGAAAUUGAUGAUUAUCAUGAUUAUGAAAAAGCUUUAAAGGCAAUGCAAGAGGCUGCUAAAUGCUUAGAGAAAUUAGGAAGCCACACACAGCAAGCUUUCGUGAAUCUACAAAGAACGAUGGCCGAAGUAAAAGAAAUACUAAACAUACAAAAUGCUUUAAAAAAUGGCGACAAUCAAAGUGUCAUUGCCGGUUGUAGAAAUAUGCUAAUUAAGCCAGAAACGCCGCCCAUACGACAAGUAGAUAUCCUGAUUAUGCUGAUACGCGCGUUGGCCUAUUCGAAACAAUACAAUGAAGCAGCGCGUGUGUUAAAGGAGCUUAUCAUUAAGAAUCCUAAUUGGAGUUCUAUGGGACUUUUGGAAAAGCCCUUAGUGCAGGGCAUCGCUAAUGAGUGUAAUCUUGAUUUUGACAUGAUUUGGAAUCCGAUGCGUAAAACUCAAAUAACUGAUGUCCAUAGCGAUGAAGAAAACGAAGAAAUUCAGGAAGUGGUACGUUACAACGUACAAAAUAGUUCUUAAACAAAUUGUAUUCACCUUGAUCCGGCAUUUUUAUUUACAUAAAUGCAAUCUGUAAAGCAAUGUACACCUUUAUGGCUUCACUUUAUUGCCUGUUAAGGCGCAAAGAAUUUAAUUUACGUUAAAAAUUAUUCUAUAUUUAUGUGCGUAGAGAUAGCGAGUGUGACAAUGUAUUGGCCUGAAUUAUUCCUUUGACGGAGUCUUAAAUGCAUCUGG